AUGUCCACGCCGACUACUGCCACGGCUACACUCCCUCCUCAUUACCGUCAUCAUCAUUCCCAUCACCACUACCCGCCGUACCCACAUCUUCAGAGCAACGGUGCCUCGUACCGAGCGGCCCCAGCAAACCCUAUUCUCCCCACCUCGACUUCGACAACCGUUGCCGCGCCCAACUCUGGCCGACACGCUCCUGCGUCCACCUCAUACACCUCUACUACUUCAGCAACAUAUGCUGGAAAUUCUAACCCGACAAAUGGAGCAUCGACUGCUGUGACCACAGCAAGACAGGCCCAAGACUAUACGAGAACGACCAACUCGGCUUCGACUCCCCGGUCCGACGCAAAUUACAAUAACAGCCACGCCAAUAUGCCUUCAUCAAACCCCACAGAAGUACAACCGAGGAAACGCAGACGGUCAAAGGAGCCCGACUGGAACACCUUCUACAAGAAUGGCCUACCCAAGGAGAUCAUUGUCAUCGACGAUACCCCCGAGCCCGAUGACGAUGCUAAAUCAGUGAGAACGACCUACACGAAUGGUACGAACGGUACUAGCAUCAACGGUACCAGCAUCAACGGCACCAGCAUCAAUGGCUCCACACUGAAUGGCCAUGUCACAAAGAAGAGAAGAAAGGAUGAUGGUUAUCAAAACAGCAAUGUCUCACACAUCGCUACACCUAACAGUGGCUCAACCUCGACCGACCGAACUACGUCGGCACACAACACCACUGCUCCCACCUCUCUUGCUUCGUUGUCCUCGAAUAGUCAAUACGAUUACGAGGUACAGCAGACUGGUCAAAAGCGCAAACGAACUCGACAGCAGCUUGCUCAGGAGGCGAAGCGCAGGGAGGUCGAGGUUCUUGGAGACGCCUACAUCAGCUACAGACCGCCACAAAAGCCCGUCAAAAAGUCGGGCGAGGUCACCGUCAGAGUUGUCAAUGACGUGAGUGAAUCCCAAAGUCCACUUCUCGAUGACGAUGACGGCCACUACAUUGUCGUACCGGAUGCUGACCUCACGCCCCAAUACCAAAUGAUCAAAAUGCUGGGCCAGGGUACCUUUGGCAAAGUGGUCCAGGCACGAGACAAGAAACGAAACAAGUUGGUUGCUAUCAAGAUCAUCCGAUCGGUUCAGAAGUAUCGAGAUGCUUCGAGGAUCGAACUACGGGUGUUGCAGACCUUGAAGGCCAACGAUGAGGAGAAUCGCAAUCGCUGCAUCCAUCUUCGGGAUUGCUUCGACUACCGGGGCCACAUCUGCAUCGUCAUGGAUCUCCUCGGCUCCAGCGUGUUUGACUUUCUUAAAAGCAAUAACUUUGUUCCCUUCCCUAACAGUCAGAUACAAAGCUUUGCACGCCAGCUCUUAACCAGUGUUGCCUUUUUGCAUGACCUCAAUCUUAUUCACACAGAUUUGAAGCCGGAAAACAUUUUGCUAUGCGAUAGCUCCUAUCAGACUUUCACAUACAACCGUCGAAUACCUUCGUCGUCUGCUGGUGUUAGCAGGCAAGCCACGCAGCGGAAGGUGCUUCUCGACACGGAGAUACGUCUCAUUGACUUCGGGUCCGCCACGUUCCAAGAUGAAUACCACUCCUCGGUUGUUUCAACGCGCCAUUACCGCGCUCCGGAGAUCAUACUUGGCCUCGGAUGGUCUUUCCCAUGCGAUAUUUGGAGCAUCGGCUGCAUUCUUGUCGAAUUCUUCACUGGGGACGCCCUCUUCCAGACGCACGAUAACCUUGAACACCUGGCCAUGAUGGAGAAUGCCUGUGAUCGAAAGAUUGACAACCAUCUGAUCCAGCAAGUGUCCAAGAUGGCUACAAGGGGUGGUGGCUCUGGUGGCAACCCUGCUUCCAAAUACUUCAAGCGGUAUAAGCUUGAUUACCCUACCGCAGACACUACCCGUGCCUCGAGGCGAUUCGUCAAGAACAUGAAACGCUUACCGGAAAUCAUCCCAACGCCCAGUCCAUUUUUGAGACUCUUCCUAGAUCUUCUGGAAAAGAUAUUUGUAUACGACCCAGCAAAAAGGAUCACAGCCCGACAGGCUUUGGAACAUCCUUGGUUCCGAGAGCCUGCUGUACCCGAUGACGGCACCGAAGCCGCCAAGAUACGAAUGGAUCGUAUGAGAAGCGAACCCGACUACACCAACGGCCGACUUCCACCUUUGGGUGCUUCCUAG